GCCGGCCGCUGCGGGCACGAUGUCCAGGGUGGUGGCGCCGCGCCCGAGGGAGGAGCUGGGGCUGAGCGCUGGCGGCCGUGCAGGGGGCCACGGUCGAGCGGGAGGCUAGGGGUGGCCUGGAGAUUUUCCUCCUGGGUUCCUGACCCACUGAUUCAUUGGCUUCUCAGAAGUUUUCUCCUGGAUGCCACACAGAUUCUGAGACCAAAAAUAAGAUGAAAGACUGGAAGACAAAGAUGGAAAUUUCUGAAGAAAAAGAUUCAGCAAGGGCUGUAUCAGAAAGACUCCAAAAACAGAUCUCCCAGGAAUGGGGGUUAGUUGAAACUGGUGAUCCUGAGGACAGAUUAUUGAGGUAUUGGGUAAGCCCCUUAGAGGAUGCAGUGGGAUAUCCCCCUUCCCAAGAGAGAGGUAUCAGGGAAGUGAAUCUGAUCCCCAAGAAAGCCAUUGCAGGAGAGAGAGUCCAUGGAUGUAAGGAAAGAGAAAAAAUACUUUCUGCAGGAGAAAAACCCCACAGAUAUGAAGUCUGUGGCCAGAGCUUCAAACAGAAGUCAGAAGUAACUCAACAUCAGAAAACUGGUAAUAUAAAGAAAACCUAUGAAUGUAAGGAAUGUGGAAAAACUUUCAAUCGGAGCUCAAACCUGAUUGUACAUCAGAGAAUUCAUACAGGGAAGAAACCAUAUGUAUGUAGUGAAUGUGGAAAAGACUUUAAUCAAAGUUCAAAUCUUAUUAUACAUCAGAGAAUUCAUACAGGAAAGAAACCUUAUAUAUGUCAUGAAUGUGGAAAAGACUUCAAUCAGAGCUCUAACCUGGCCCGACAUAAGAGAAUACAUAACGACGAGAAUCCCUAUGAAUGUAAAGACUGUGGAAAGGCCUUCAAGGGAAGCUCGAACCUUGUCCUGCACCAGAGAAUUCACAGUGGAGGGAAGCCAUAUGUAUGUAAUGAGUGCGGGAAGGCCUUCAAUCAAAGUUCAGAUCUUAUUAUCCAUCACAGAAUUCACACUGGAGAGAAACCCUAUGAAUGUUAUGAAUGUGGACAAACCUUCAGUCAGAGUUCACACCUUGUCACACAUCAGAGAAUUCAUACUGGAGAGAAACCCUUCAAGUGCAACACCUGUGAAAAGGCCUUCAGGCAGCGUUCACGCCUCACAGAACACCAGAGACUCCACAGUGGGGAGAGACCCCACGAAUGUCACAAAUGUGGGAAAUCCUUCAGUGGGCGCACAGCCUUUCUUAAACAUCAGAGACUACAUACUGUAAAGGAACUUGAAUGUGAAAAAGCCUGCACUUCUGACUUAGCUCUUAUCCAACAACAGAGAAUUCACAGGGGAGAAAAACCUUAUGAAUGUACUGAGUGUGGAAAAACUUUCCGGGGAAGUUCAGAUCUAAUUCGGCAUUGGAUAACUCACACUGGAGAGAAACCCUAUGAAUGUAAUGAAUGUGGGAAAGCCUUUAGCCAGAGGUCACACCUUGUUACACAUCAGAAAAUUCACACUGGAGAGAAACCCUAUCAGUGCAAUGAAUGUGGGAAAGCCUUCCGGCAGCGUUCACUCCUUGUCCAGCAUCACAGAAUCCACAGUGGUGAGAAACCCUAUGAAUGUAAGGAAUGCGGAAAAGCCUUCAUCUGGCGAACGGCUUUUCUCAAACAUCAAAGACUUCAUACUGGAGAGAAACUUGUGGAAGGUGAGAAAACAUUUAGCAAGGAAGAGUUGCUUAGAGAAGAGUGGAGAAUUCGCCAAGAAGUGAAAGCUUAUCAGUGCAAUCAGUGUGGUAGAACUUUCCGAGGCAGCUCAGACCUCAUCCAACAUCAGGUAACUCAUUCAGGAGAGAAACCCUAUGAAUGUAAAGAAUGUGGGAAAACUUUCAAUCAGAGCUCAGACCUUAUGAGACAUCACAGAAUUCAUAGUGGAGAAAAACCUUAUAUGUGCAAUAAAUGUGGGAAAUCUUUCAGGGGCAGCUCAGAUCUCAUUAAACACCACCGUGUUCAUACUGGAAAGAAACCCUAUGAAUGCCCUGAAUGUGGGAAGGCCUUCAGUCAGAACUCACACCUUGUUAGUCACCAGAGAAUUCACACUGGAGAGAAAACCUCUGAAUGUAGCAACUGUGGGAAGGCCUUCAGUGGGCACACAGCUUUUCUUAAACAUCAGAAACUUCAUACUGGAAAGGAGCUUGGGGAACACAAGAGAGUCCACAAACAGGACUUAUUCUAAUAGGUAACAGAGACCUAAUGAACGUAGGAAAAGCCUGAUGGAGACCACAUCAUAUUGCACAAUAGAAGGCUUUUAUUGCUGAAAACUCUUUGAAGGUAGGAAAACAUUAGAAGAGCCUACUGGAUGGAAAACAUAUAAGUGUAAUGUGGGAAAGCUCUUGGACAUAAUCACCUUUUUUCUGCCUCAGAGUUGACACUGGAGUAUGGUCCCCAGGAUAAAAUUAAUUGAGAAUGUUUUAGGGGACUUCCAUUGUUAAUAAAAUCAUUAGAAAUCACUUUGUCACCAACCCCCAAACUAAAUUCUUCAUGGAAGGAGCCAUUUCAAUCUCGACUACCUAGUCCAGUGACAAGUAUAAAUCUGUUUUAGGUACUUUAGAGUGAUUAAAUCUUUGUCUGGGAUGAGUUCUUCCCGUUAGAUAUAUAUUUUAUACAUAUUCCCCUUUUAUCUCCUUAUAAAAAUAUGCUUAUGCAUAUGUGAUAAUACUAAUUAGAAUGAUCCAUUAAUUCAGGGGUCUCCAACCUCCAGGCAAUGGACGGGUACUGGGCUGAGGCCUGUAAGGAACCAGACUGCACAGCAGGAGGUGAGCAUCGGGCGAGCAAUCAAAGCUUCAUCUGCUGCUCCCCAUCACUCGCAUUACCUCCUGAACCAUCCUCCUCCCCCUCCACCCCUGAUCCAUGGAUAAACUGUUUUCCACAAAACGGUCCCUAGUGCCAAGAAGGUUGGGGACCACCGCAUUAAUUUAGAGGAAACAAAAAAAUAAUAGAAAUGACUUGACAACAGGAGAGCUGAAGGCCAGGACACAAGAGCCAAGUGAGGUAUUCCCCAGAAAAAGAAUGGUGAUGAUUAGGAGUAUCAGGAAAUGAAAAAGCAAAGAAAGGACAGUGUGUGUUGGGAAUAGGAUUAGACUGAGCACCAGGGAAGAGCAUUUAGGUGACCUGAGUUGCUGGGAAUUAGAAGAAAGCAACAACUGUGAAAGGUCAGGUGAUUAGAGGAGAGUAGUUUUAUCUUGAACCAGAGCUUUGUAAUUAUUUGAGAACUGGAGAGUCUAAGUAGAACUCUGAAAGAGAUCAGUGGGGGUUGCCUUCAAGAUGGCAGAGAAGUAAGACGUGGAGAUCACCUUCCUCCCCACAACUACAUCAAAACUACAUCUACAUGUGGAACAACUCCUACAGAACAUCUACUGAACGCUGGCAGAAGACCUCAGACUUCCCAAAAGACGCCCUCAGGUGACCUGAACACAGAGGUGGGGCCAAAUCCAAAGCUGAACCCCAGGAGUUGUGCGAACAAAGAAGAGAAAGGGAAAUCCCUCCCAGCAGCUUCAGGAGCAGCGGAUUAAAUCUCCACAAUCAAAUUGAUGUACCCUGCAUCUCUGGAAUAUCUGAAUAGACAACAAAUCAUCCCAAAAUUGAGGUGGUAGACUUUGGGAGCAACUGUAGACUUGGGGUUUGCUUUCUGCAUCUAAUUUGUUUCUGGUUUUAUGUUAAUCUUAGUUUAGUAUUUAGAGCUUAUUAUUAUUGGUACAUUUGUUUAUUGAUUUGGUUGCCCUCUUCCUUUUUUAUUUUACAUAUAUAUAUAUAUUUUUCCUUUUUCUCUUUUUGUGAGUGUGUAUAUGUAUGCUUCUUUGUGUGAUUUUGUCUCUAUAGCUUUGCUUUUGCCAUUUGUCCUAGGGUCUUAGAGUUCUGACUGUCUGGGUUUUCUUAUUUUGUUUUGUUUCUUUUGUAUAGUUUUUAGCACUUUUUAUCAUUGGUGGAUUUGUUUUUUGGUUUGGUUGUUCUCUUCUUUCCUUCUCUUUUUUUUAUUACUUUUUAAAUUUUUUAUUUUUAAUAAUUUUUUCUAUUUUAAUAACUUUAUUUUAUCCUUCCUUCCUUCUUUCCUCCCUCCCUUCCUCCCCUUCCUCCCUCCCUCCCUUCCUUCCUUCCUUUCUUUCUUUUUCUCCCUUUUCUUCUGAGCUAUGUGGCUGACAGGGUCUUGGUGCUCUGGCCAGGUGUCAGGCUUGAGCCUCAGAGGUGGGAGAGCCAAGUUCAGGACAUUGGUCCACCAGAGACCUCCAGCCCCUACAUAAUAGCAAAUGGCAAAAGCUCUCCCAGAGAUCUCCAUCUCAACGCUAAGACCCAGCUCCACUCAACGACCAGCAAGCUACAGUGCUGGACACCCUAUGCCAAACAACUAGCAAGACAGGAACACAGCCCCACUCAUUAGCAGUGAGGCUGCCUAAAAUCAUAAUAAGUUCACAGACACCCCAAAACACAUGACCAGACGUGGUCCUGCCCACCAGAAAGACAAGAUCCAGCCACAUCCACCAGAACACAGGCACCAGUCCCCUCCACCAGGAAGACUACACAACCCACUGAACCAACCUUACCCACUGGGAGCAGAAACCAAAAACAAUGGGAACUACGAACCUGCAGCCUGUGAAACGGAGACCCCAAACACAGUAAGUUAAGCAAAAUGAGAAGAGAGAGAAAUACACAGCAGAUGAAGGAGCAAGGUAAAAACCCACCAGACCAAACAAAUGAAGAGGAAAUAGGCAGUCUACCUGAAAAAGAAUUCAGAGUAAUGAUAGUAAAGAUGAUCCAAAAUCUUGGAAAUAGAAUGGAGAAAAUACAAGAAACGUUUAACAAGGACCUAGAAGAACUAAAGAGGAAACAAACAAUGAUGAACAACACAAUAAAUGAAAUUUAAAAUUCUCUAGAAGGAAUCAAUAGGAGAAUAACUGAGGCAGAAGAACGGAUAAGUGACCUGGAAGAUAAACUAGUGGAAAUAACGAAUGCAGAGCAGAAUAGAGAAAAAUGAAUGAAAAGAAAUGAGGACGAUCUCAAAGACCUCUGGGACAACAUAAAACUCACCAACAUUUGAUUUAGAGAGGUCCCAGAAGAAGAAGAGAAAAAAAAAGGGACUGAGAAAAUAUUUGAAGAGAUUAUAGUUGAAAACUUCCCUACUAUGGGUAAGGAAAUAGUCAAUCAAGUCCAGGAAGCACAGAGAGUACCAUACAGGAUAAAUCCAAGGAGAAACACGCCAAGACACAUAUUAAUCAAACUAUCAAAAAUUAAAUACAAAGAAAAAAUAUUAAAAACAGCAAGGGAAAAGCAACAAUUAACAUACAAAGUAAUCCCCAUAAGGUUAACAGCUGAUCUUUCAGCAGAAACUCUGCAAGCCAGAAGGGAGUGGCAGGACAUAUUUAAAGUGAUGAAAGGGAAAAACCUACAACCAAGAUUACUCUACCCAGCAGGGAUCUCAUUCACAUUCAAUAGAGAAAUUAAAACCUUUACAGACAAGCAAAAGCUAAGAGAAUUCAGCACCACCAAACCAGCUUUACAACAAAUGCUAAAGGAACCUCUCUAGGCAGGAAACACGAGAGAAGGAAAAGACCUACAAUAACAAACCCAAAACAAUUAAGAAAAUGGUAACAGGAACAUACAUAUCAAUAACUACCUUAAAUAUAAAUGGAUUAAAUGCUCCAACCAAAGACACAGACUGGAUGAAUGGAUACAAAAACAAGACCCGUAUAUAUGCUGUCUACAAGAGACCCACUUCAGACCUACGGACACAUACAGACUGAAAGUGAAGGGAUGGAAAAAGUUAUUCCAUGCAAAUGGAAAUCAAAAGAAAGCUGGAGUAGCAAUUCUCAUAUCAGACAAAACAGACUUUAAAAUAAAGACUAUUACAAGAGACAAAGAAGGACACUACAUAAUGAUCAAGGGAAUCCAAGAAGAAGAUAUAACAAUUGUAAAUAUUUAUGCACCCAACAUAGGAGCACCUCAAUACAUAAGGCAAAUGCUAACAGCUAUAAAAGAGGAAACUGACAGUAACACAAUCAUAGUAGGGGACUUUAACACCCCACUUUCACCAAGGACAGAUCAUCCAAAAUGAAAAUAAAUAAGGAAACACAAGCUUUAAAUGAUACAUUAAACAAGAUGGACUUAAUUGAUAUUUAUAGGACAUUCCAUCCAAAAACAGCAGAUUAUACUUUCUUCUCAAGUACGCAAGGAACAUUCUCCUGGAUAGAUCAUAUCUUGGGUCACAAAUCAAACCUUGGUAAAUUUAAGAAAACUGAAAUCGUAUCAAGUAUCUUUUCUGACCACAAUGCUAUGAGACUAGAUAUCAAUUACAGGAAAAAGUCUGUAAAAAAUACAAGCACAUGGAGGCUAAAAAAUACACUACUAAAUAACCAAGAGAUCACUGAAGAAACCAAAGAGGAAAUUAAAACUACCCAGAAACAAAUGACAAUGAAAACACAAUGACCCAAAACCUAUGGGAUGCAGCAAAAGCAGUUCUAAGAGGGAAGUUUAUAGCAAUACAGUCCUACCUCAAGAAACAAGAAACAUCUCAAACAACCUAACCUUACACCUAAAGGAACUAGAGAAAGAAUUAAAAAAACCCAAAGUUAGCAGAAGGAAAGAAAUCAUAAAGAUCAGAUCAGAAAUAAAUGAAAAAGAAAUGAAGGAAAUGAUAGCAAAGAUCAAUAAAACUAAAAGAUGGUUCUUUGAGAAGAUAAACAAAAUUGAUAAACCAUUAGCCAGACUCAUCAGGAAAAAAAGGGAGAAGACUCAAAUCAAUAGAAUUAGAAAUGAAAAAAGAGAAGUAACAACUGACACUGCAGAAAUAUGAAAGAUCAUGAGAGAUUACUACAAGCAACUCUAUGCCAAUAAAAUGGACAACCUGGAAGAAAUGGACAAAUUCUUAGAAAGGCACAACCUUCUGAGACUGAACCAGGAAGAAAUAGAAAAUAUAAACAGACCAAUCACAAGCACUGAAAUUGAAACUGUGAUUAAAAAUCUUCCAACAGGGGCUUCCCUGGUGGCGCAGUGGUUGAGAGUCCGCCUGCCGAUGCAGGGGACACGGGUUCGUGCCCCCGUCUGGGAGGAUCCCACAUGCCGCGGAGCGGCUGGGCCCGUGAGCCGUGGCCACUGAGCCUGCGCGUCCGGAGCCUGUGCUCCACAGCGGGAGGGGCCCCAGCAGUGAGAGGCCCGCAUACCGCCAAAAAAAAAAAAAAGAAAAAAAAAUCUUCCAACAAACAAAAGCCCAGGACCACAUGGCUUCACAGGCAAAUUCUAUCAAACACUUAGAGAAGAGCUAACACCUAUCCUUCUCAAACUCUUCCAAAAUAUAGCAGAGGGAGGAACACUCCCAAACUCAUUCUAUGAGGCCACCAUCAAUCACCCUGAUACCAAAACCAGACAAAGAUGCCACAAUAAAAGAAAACUACAGGCCAAUAUCACUGAUGAACAUAGAUGCAAAAAUCCUCAACAAAAUACUAGCAAAAAGAAUCCAACGGCACUUUAAAAGGAUCAUACACCAUGAUCAAGUGGGGUUUAUCCCAGGAAUGCAAGGAUUCUUCAGUAUACGCAAAUCAAUGUGGUAAACCAUAUUAACAAAUUGAAGGAGAAAAACCAUGUGAUCAUCUCAACAGAUGCAGAAAAAGCUUUUGACGAAGUUCAACACCUAUUUAUGAUAAAAAAACUCUCCAGAAAGUAGGCAUAGAGGGAACUUACCUCAGCAUAAUAAAGGCCAUAUAUGACAAACCCACAGCCAACAUCAUUCUCAAUGGUGAAAAACUGAAACCAUUUCCACUAAGAUCAGGAACAAGAUAAGGUUGCCCACUCUCACCACUAUUAUUCAACAUAGUUUUGGAAGUUUUAGCCACAGCAAUCAGAGAAAAAAAAGAAAUAAAAGGAAUCCAAAUCGGAAAAGAAGAAGUAAAACUGUCACUGUUUGCAGAUGACAUGAUACUAUACAUAGAGAAUCUUAAAGAUGCUACCAGAAAACUACUAGAGGUAAUCAAUGAAUUUGGUAAAGUUGCAGGAUACAAAAUUAAUCUUUUUUUUUUUUUUUGCGGUAUGCGGGCC